AUGGGUAAAAUAUUUCGUCGGCCGAGCUUAGUGCAAAAACCCGAUGCCGCUUUGACAGCGAGUUCAUACUAUUCGGAGACCGUCAAUACAAUUUCGGCACAACCACUAUCCACAGCGCAACUCCCAAAUACCCCAUUGAGAAAUGACGACCAAACCGUUUCGAUAGCAGAUAAAACUAUAACAAACGAUAGUCAUAACAAGACACCUAUAGCUGAAAUUUCUUUGUCUACCACGGAUUCAUCAGCAAACGACCACAACAACUCUGCCGUAACUUUUGAUAGCGAGGUAUCAAAACGAAAUUCGAAAUCAAUGUUACGUCGCUCACUUUCGAUUCUCUCUCGUAAGGAAGAGAAACAAUCUUCUUCAUUGUUAAAAGUGCAUAGAUAUACUAUUUAUGAUGAUGAGAAAGGAGAAUUUAUUGAAAUCAUAGAAGAAGAAUGGGAGGGUGAUGGCCCUCCGCCUAGAAAAUCUACAAGUGACCAGCAAACGAAUGCCUUAAUGAUUGAUAAAGAUCUCCCGCAACUACCGGAACUAAUAGAGAAUAACACUCGGGAGGAAACAAUGUUUUUAAGGUUUUAUAAGUGGUUAGAGGAUCGGUACCCGUUCAUACUUGAGUUUUCCAAGAAACACAAGAAGACACUGUUGAUUUCCUUGGGUCUGUUUUUUUUGUUAAUUUUGAUCAUCAUCAUCCUCGCUUGCACGCUAUAA